CCCAAAUCCACGUUGUAGUUUCUCGUCGAGAUUAUAUCUGUCACUUCCGUGUCCGGUGAACCAUCUUCACAUUUGGAAUAACUUGUCCACUGUACGACACAGACAGAAAGAUGGCUGGGAAACGUGCAGCAUUGAAAGCCAUUGACUGGUUGGCCUUUGCUGAGAGGGUUCCCCCCAACCAGAGGGCCAUGUUCAACAACCUCAAGACGCGCUCAGAUGCCAUCGGUGCCAAGCUGGCCUCUCUGCCAGAGAAGCCUGUUACCAUCGACUGGAGCUUCUAUAAGACCAAUGUGGCCAGAGCSGGCAUGGUGGCCGAGUUUGAAUCCAAGGUGAGAUCCUAAGGCCCGUGAUGAGUUUUAU